CUUAUUUUCACUCACUGCCUAGAGCACAACAACCAGUUACACAAAAUAAGUAGCAAAGCUCCCCCGUCUUCUUUAAAAAAAAAAAUCUAAAAAACUUAUGUAAUUGUGCAACUAAUCUUCACUAAUCUUGAGCAAGGCAUUUAAAUCCAGGGAAUAAGCCUAUUCUUCUCCCUCCCCCUAUCUUUGCAGUAAAAAGGGAAAAAAACAGAAGCAAAGUUCACAGUGCUGUGAAUAUUCCUUUCGAGAGCAAGUGGCAAAGGGGCCCGAGUCUGCUCCAAAGCAAACUCUCCUGUCCUGCCAUUUCCCAUGCACAGCCACUGAGGACUUUAAGAGAAAAGCUUCUUUCGGACUGAUUAUCACUUGCUUUUAGCUAAAGCAUGGAAAUCUCUACUCUCACAGCAUACCAUUGCCUUGCUUUUGUCUGGUAUUUUUUUGUCAUCUAUUCAAUCACAUGUCUAAGAACAGAAGAACGGCCAUCUGAAGUGUUCCUUUAUGGUGGCCAGUGGAAAUAUUUGACAGUCCUCAAUCUGGUUUUGCAGGCUGUCUUCUAUGGGGUGUCCUUCCUGGCUGAUGUGUUGAGACUAAUUAAGAAACUGCGAUGUGCUAAGUGCAUAAUUUCCAGCAGAGACCUUCUUUUCAGUGUCCUGGCUUUCCCAGUGUCCACAUUUGUGUCUAUAUCCUUUUGGACACUGUAUACCUACAACCGAGAGCUAGUUUACCCCAAAAGACUUGAUGGAGUCAUUCCGCUCUGGUUAAAUCAUGCUAUGCACACGGCAAUAUUGCCAGUUGCUCUCCUGGAAAUCCUUGCCACACCACAUCGCUACCCAGCAAAGAAGAAGGGACUGAUCCUAUUAGGAUGUGCUGCUUUUCUUUAUAUCAGUUGGGUCCUGUGGAUCCAUUUUGUAACAGGAGAGUGGGUAUACCCUCUCUUUGCCUCCUUCAGCCCAGCUGGGCUAGGAGCCUUUUUCAUCGGUAACUUUGCCAUCAUCGUCUGUUUCUACAACUUUGGAGAGUUUCUCAACCGUAUGAUAUGGGGAGAUUCAAUAGUAAUACUGGACUACAAGCAGAAAAGCAAGUGAAUGCUCCUUUUCAAGCCAAUCUCUCCAUGAAUGCUGAAGCCAUGAAGUAGAGGAAAAUAAAUGCAGCCGCGAUAAAUCCUUUCUCCAAUGCACUGCAGCUUCUGGUGAAGCCAUUAUGUCAUCAGAUGUAUGGAAAACUGGUGGAAAAUAUGAAAUGUUUGCCUCUUACAUGAUAACUCCACAACUGCUAUGAAUCAGAAAAUGGUGUUACACACAUUUUACGUCUCUUGCACAACAUACAUCAGGAUGUGUCCGUGGUUAAAACUUGUCACUGGUAAACAAACUCCCUCACAAGCUUGGCACUGCUUGGUGAGGGACCUGUAAAUGCUAGCCAGAUCUUGUUUGGAUUGCCCUUAAUCAGGUCUGAAAAAAAAAUAUGAGGAGGGAUAAUUUUAACACUGCUGUGACUUCUAGGCUAGAUAGAUAACAAAUUGGACUAAUAAGGACUGCAAUUUGGAAUGUCUGCUCAGAAAGUUCACCAUGAAGCCAGAUUCUUCUAAUGAGAAACAUUCUGGAAUACUAAUGUGCAUAAUAUCUCCCCUCCAUUUCAGAAUGAAAUCUGAAGGCAACACUUUUUUCAGAUAAUUUUGCAGCAAAAGUAACCUAAUUAUACUGACUGUAUGAUUGCUUUGACAGAAAGCAUGUUAAUUUAAAGCAGUGUUUAACAUAAAGCUGCCUGCCAUAUAAUUACACUCCAUUCACAUGUUUACUAAUCUUGUUCAAUAUAGUUGAUUUCUGUUAUUAGCCCCAACAUCUUGUUAACAUCUAAAACACUGGAGAUGUGCUUUGUAAACUCCAAUAAACAGGCAAAACUGACAGUA